AUGGCAACAACAACUACAACUACUACUAGUACAACGACCACUACUCAUCUCAAAGUUCAAGCUCAGCCCAUCAAGCCCAAACGCCGCAAGUAUCGUGAAACCACUAUCUCCUCCUCUGCCACCCCCACCACCUCUACCGCCAUUACUACUACUACUACUGACUCCUCUGACCUUUACCCGACUCGGAAACUUGACCCGCCUACGAUAGUCUCGCCUGAUAAUUCCUGGUGCUGCCCUGCUUCAAAGCCCAUUUCAAAUCCUCCACCAACGCCGCCGCAGCCGCAGCCACAGCAACAACAGCAAAGAUCCGUCCGUACACCCGUAAGAGAGGCUGACCCGAUACUAAUACCGUAUUCGCCUUCAUCGUUCAGGAUCCGGUUCUCUCCCGGGAGUCUAUCGCCAGUCAUGGACUUCACGCAUACCUCACCAACAUCAUCAACGACAACAACGCUCAACGGUCACUCCUCAGAUUCAGCAUUCUCUUCAAGUUUCAGCAAAUUUAAUUCGGCUUUAACCGCGGGUCUUUUAAACCCGAUGUCGCCCCCACCGGAUAAAACCCGUUCCAGCCCGACACUUUUCGAAAUGAUGGCGAGUGAACCCGAGGUUCACCCGAAAGCCCAGAUCCCAACAAGCCACAACUGUAUCCCCAUAAUUCCGCCAAAAAUGAGUCACUACCAACAACAAACAUUUGAUAGCCAGCAAUUGAAAAUGCAAAGAAUUUCAGAUCUUUUGCUGACGAGGAGUCCAGGUAAUCAGUUCAACGAGGCGGCGUCGAGUGACAUAAAACUAACUCUGAGUUCUAAGGAUGGUAUAAGCGUGUCCAUCAAUGUGCACAGACAGAUAAUUGUGGCACAUAGUAGAUUUUUCGCGGUUAAGUUAUCGGAUCGGUGGACAAAACAGCAGCAGAAAACUAAUCUUCCGUACAUUGUGGAGAUUGCGGAUUGUGAUGACGUUGAGGUUUAUAUUGAGACUUUGAGGUUGAUGUACAGUAAGGAUCUUAAAAAGAAGUUGAUGAGAGAGGAUGUUUCCAAAGUUCUUGGUAUCUUGAAGGUUUCAGCAGCGAUUGGGUUUGAUGCGGGGGUUUUAUCUUGUCUAGAGUACUUAGAAGCUGCACCAUGGGCUGAGGAUGAAGAGGAGAAAGUGGCUUCACUGUUAUCAGAGCUCCGACUUGAAGGUGUUGGAGCUGGUGAAGUUUUGAAGAGGGUUUCAGUUGAAGUUAAUGGUGGAACAGAAGAGGGUAGUGACAACGAGGAGGUGCUUCUCAAGCUUUUACAUGUAGUUCUUGAAGGCAAAGAUGAGAAGGCAAGACGCGAAAUGAAGGGGCUGGUAUCUAAGAUGCUCCAUGAAAAUUCAUCUCAAAAUGAUCUUCGAAAGGAGUCACUGUACUCUGCUUGUGAUGGGUGUUUAAAAUUGCUACGCCAGCAUGUUCUCCAGGUGGCAACAGGGGAUUUGCAGGAUGUGGGACAGAUUGCCAGGCAGGCGGAUAAUUUGCAUUGGAUUUUGGAUAUCUUGAUUGAUAGGCAGAUUGCUGAGGACUUUUUAAAAACAUGGGCUUCUCAAUCUGAAGUAUCUGAGGCACAUUCAAAAGUUCCAGCCAUCCAUAGGUAUGAGAUUAGCAGAGUUACUGCUAGACUGUUUGUUGGAAUUGGCAAAGGACAGUUAUUGGCUUCAAAGGAUGUGAGAUACUUGCUUUUAAGGACUUGGUUGGAGCCUUUUUAUGAUGAUUUUGGGUGGAUGAGGAGGGCAUCCAAAGGCCUUGAUCGACACUUAAUUGAAGAUGGUCUUAGUAACACGAUUCUUACUCUGCCUCUAUCUUGGCAACAGGAAAUUUUGCUUGCUUGGUUUAAUAGAUUCUUAAACUCUGGUGAGGAUUGUCCUAACAUACAAAGAGGGUUUGAAGUUUGGUGGAGGAGGGCCUUCUGGAGACGCAAUGGUGAGCAGGAACGACCAAGGCAAUUACGAAUUACAACUGCAACUAUUGAGAACUCAUAAAUUUACCUCUUGCGCCAUGAAAUAAAUGAUAAUGCUCUAAUGG